AUGGCUUCAAUCAGCCGCGAAGAGAAAUCCUUCAAAAUCACGCCGGAAAACGACAAAUUGUUCUCGAAGCUUCUCUCUCGCGAAUCCUCCUUCCGCGUCUACUACGGCGCCGCCCCCAGCGCCGUCCCCUUCGUUUGGGAGACGCGUCCGGGAACGCCCAAACACAAUUCCGCCGCGAAUUCCGAAAUCCCGCCGCUCAAGCCGCCGCCGUCCUACUUCACCGCCGGCAUCGCCAAAUCCGCCGGCGGCGGAUCCAGAUCGAAGCUGCUCCUCCACAGCCUUUUCAGGAGGAUGAAUCCGAAGCGAGCGGCGGCAGUUUCUCACUCCUCCUCGACCUCGUCUUCGUCUUCGCAAUCCGAUCCGAUCUCCACGCCUGCUCACGUGCGCAGAAGGCGACGCGCCUCCAGCUUCGGAUCGUCGUUCGACGAGAGAGCGGACGAUCUCCGAUCGUCGAGGAUAUGCCUCGGGAUUGGCGGCGGUGGCAGCUCGGUGAAGAGAGCGUUGCUGUCGAUCGUCGGCCGUUGA